UUAGAUCUUUCCAUUCCAUUCAUUCUGUUCUGGACAGAGGAGGAGACGACGAGACUAGAACAGACUUCGGAAAACUUCUUUUGAGGUUUUUGGAUAACUUGAGUGAAGAUUGAAUCACAAUGCCCUUUCGACACAUCGCGGCACUUGCCGUGAUCCUUGCAGUUGCCAAUGCUGGAGCAUUCACCCAAACUGCUGACUCUGAUGUCAACAUUGGUUAUAUCAGUCAAAUCAUCGGUCCUGUGGUGGACGUGGAGUUCACUGAGGGUCAACUGCCAAACAUCUACAAUAAGCUGGAGGUGGAAGGACCAGACAAUAACCCUAUAGCUCUGGAGGUUCAACAGCUUCUUGGCGACAACAGGGUGCGUGCGGUCGCCAUGGCCAGUACGGAUGAUCUAAAACGUGGAAUUAAGUGCAUAGAUACCGGGGCUCCCAUCAGUGUCCCUGUUGGCCAGGAGACGCUCGGCAGAAUCAUGAACGUCCUCGGAGAGCCCGUUGACAACCAAGGAGAAAUCAAUGCCGAACAGACUUUACCCAUCCACCGCAACGCUCCAGCCUUUAAAGAUCUGGAAACAAAGCCGAGCAUUUUCGAGACUGGCAUCAAGGUGGUGGACCUUCUGGCUCCCUACCGCAGGGGCGGCAAGAUCGGUCUGUUCGGUGGUGCUGGUGUCGGCAAGACCGUAUUGAUCAUGGAACUCAUCAACAAUAUUGCCAAGGCCCAUGGUGGCUACUCCGUGUUCGCUGGUGUCGGCGAGCGCACGCGUGAGGGCAACGAUCUGUACGAAGAGAUGAAAGAGUCCGGUGUCAUCAACGAAAAGUCGUUGACGGAUUCCAAGGUGGCCCUUGUGUACGGCCAGAUGAAUGAGCCCCCUGGCGCUCGCAUGCGUGUUGGCUUGACAGGGCUCACCAUGGCCGAGUACUUCCGUGACGUGAAUAAACAGGACGUGCUGCUCUUCAUCGACAACAUCUUUAGAUUCGUACAAGCUGGUUCAGAGGUGUCCGCCUUGCUGGGCCGUAUGCCCUCUGCUGUAGGCUACCAGCCCACCCUGGGAACUGAAAUGGGUUCACUGCAGGAGCGUAUCACAUCUACCACCAAUGGCUCCAUCACAUCCAUACAGGCCGUCUAUGUUCCCGCUGAUGAUUUGACUGAUCCCGCCCCUGCCACCACCUUUGCCCAUUUGGACGCCACCACUGUGCUGUCUCGUGGUCUCGCUUCCAAAGGCAUCUACCCCGCUGUGGAUCCCCUGGAUUCCACUUCCACCAUGCUGCAACCCGGGAUCGUAGGAGAGGAGCACUACGGCACUGCACAACGUGUGAAGUCAACCCUACAGAGAUACAAGGAACUACAGGACAUCAUCGCUAUCCUGGGUCUCGACGAGCUGUCAGAAGAGGACAGGCUGACGGUGGCUCGAGCCCGUAAGAUUGAGAGGUUCCUGUCCCAGCCUUUCUUUGUGGCAGAGGUCUUCACGGGAUCACCUGGGAAGUAUGUUUCACUCGCUGAAACCAUCAAAGGGAUGCAGAUGAUCCUAAGUGGCGAGUUAGACGAUCUUCCCGAGCAAGCCUUUUACUUGGUGGGAAACAUCGACGAAGCCAAAGAGAAGGCGGCGAAGUUAAAGUGAGCAGUAGCUCCCGAGACGCUGCCAACAGCCUCGCGCUGUGAGAACCACCAUCUCCCCCGCCUCAGUGUUAACACUGCAUCACGUGACAAGCUACAUCAACCAAUCACCGUCCUUCAUCGUAACACGUGCAGAUAAACAAUAACAUGCCAAUACAUUUAGUCCAUAUACAUACGGUCGUUACAAUCUGCAAGAUUAACCGACGUUGUUGUAAUACUGAUGAGUCAUUUGUGAUUUUCGAUCUGUAUACACAUGUAAGUUUCUGCAUAUGAAUGGUGCUUCAUUUGAUCCAUAUAAAAUGUGGCUUGGUAAAGUUGUAUUGCAGUUAAUAAACAAAGAUGUGUGGUCGAAA